CAGGUAACAUCAAAAGGUACUGGCUUAAAUCCAAAUGCAAAAGUGUGGCAAGAAGAUCCCCAGGGAAGCACUGAAGCUGCACCAGUGACCAAUGGCACAGAGCACUUGUGGCAAGAAACAGCUGCUGUACCAGGAACUCGUAGUGAGGGUAAUGUAGAGAUUGGGGAGGAUAGCUGUAAGCAGUAUGAAGUGAUGUAUUCUCCAACAUGUGAUGCUUUAAGAAAUGGCACUGGUGUGGAGGAAGCAGCUGCUAAUGGAAUGGCCCUGGCAACUGAGGAUCUUGAGUACCAAAUUUAUGAUAUUUCUGGUGAAAGCAGCUCUGACGUAUCUACAGAAGACCUGAAAGAAUGUUUGAAGAAACAACUUGAAUUCUGCUUCUCACGUGAGAAUCUAUCUAAGGAUCUUUACUUGAUGUCUCAAAUGGACAGUGAUCAGUUUGUUCCAAUAUGGACAAUUGCCAACAUAGAAGGAAUUAAGAAGCUGACCACCAAUAUUGACCUUAUUCUUGAAGUAUUGAGAUCUUCCCCUAUGGUACAAGUAGAUGAGAGAGGGGAGAAAGUAAGACCAAACCAUAAACGAUGCAUUAUUAUUCUUCGUGAGAUCCCUGAAACAACGCCUAUAGAGGAGGUGAAGGCACUGUUUAAAAGUGAAAACUGUCCCAGAGUAAUAAGCUGUGAGUUUGCUCACAAUAACAACUGGUACAUUACAUUCCAGUCAGAUACUGAUGCACAACAGGCAUUUAAAUACUUAAGGGAAGAAGUAAAAACCUUUCAGGGCAAGCCAAUAAUGGCGAGGAUAAAAGCCAUCAACACAUUUUUUGCUAAAAAUGGUUACCGGGUCGUGGAUUCCAGUGUGUAUACUCAGCCAGUUCAAACACAAGCACAGUUUGCCUCACCACUGUUUAUGCAGCCUGUAUAUAGUCCUCAGCAGUACUCUAUUUACAGUAUUGUGCCUCAGACUUGGUCUCCAAACCCUGCACCUUACUUUGAAACACCACUGGCUCCCUUUCCUAAUGGUGGAUUCGUGAAUGGCUUUAAUUCACCAGGAUCGUAUAAGACAAAUGCUGCUUCCAUGAGCAUAGGUCGUCCAUUCCAUAGAAACCGUGUGAAGCCUAAUUUCCGAUCAUCAGGUAGUUCGGAACACUGUUCAGAGGGCGCAGCUGUGGUUGGUACAGUGUCGAUGGGGGAUGGACCACUGAACAGAAGUAACUUGAGGAAUUUUGGUAUAGAACGACAUACCAGUACUCUUACAGGACAGCAGGAACAAGUCUGUUCUCCAAAGGAUUACCCCACCUCACAGAUGGAACAGAAUGGAGACUACAACAGUGGCAGGGGCAGGAGGAAUGUUUUCCGAGGUCGGAGAAGACGAGAAGAUGACCGUCUUUCACGACCUCAGUCUUCUGUAGAAACAAAGACUCAGACACCAAAGUUUGACUUACUAGCAUCAAAUUUCCCUCCCCUGCCUGGCAGUACAGCAAAAAUACAAGAGGAGGCUGUGCUGGAAAACAGGAUGUCCGACAUCGUUAAAGGAACUGGCAAAGAGAAGGAGUGCAAAGAGUUGGUGGUCAGUUGUCCUGCAUCUGCUCAAGAAGAGCAGGCACACAGUCCUGUCCAGCAACCUCUCACAAGUGUGAGCUUACCAAGCAGGGCUGAGGUGUCUACACUAAGCACAACUCAGACAGAUAAGAAGCCAGAAGCAGUCCCUGCUCAGAAGGAUGUUAUAAGCCACACUUCUCCACCUGUGUCUGUACGUCCCCUCAGUGCUGCAAAGCCACAGAGGACAAAUACUACAUCUGCUACCAGUGGAAAUGCAGCACUUACUGUGACAGUACAGGAGCCGCGCAAGCUCAGUUAUGCUGAAGUCUGCCAGAAACCCCCGAAGGAGCCCACUCCAGUUCCUGUUCAGCCACUUAGGGAGCUUCGUACCAAUGUAGCUCCCCCUGCCAAAAAUGAAGAAAACAAUACUCCUGAAAAAGCUUCAGAGAGGGCUCAUGAGAAGCUUGACGGCCGGGCGGCAAAGGAUCUUUCUGGGUUCAGAGGCAAUGGGCCUCCCAGGGGACCUGCUGGAAAAAUCAGGGAACAGAGGCGCCAGUUUGGACGCAGAUCUUCACCUCAGGGAGCACCUCGGCGUAUCGGCAAGGAGCAGUAUGUGCCACCCCGAUCACCAAAGUAAAACUCAUCAACUUUUUUUUCUAUUUUAAUUUGAGCUGUGGACUAAAGAGCAGCACAGGAGACAGACCAUCAGGAGGAGGUAUUCGGGGAACACGAAUACCGAACUAGAGUAUACGGUUUGAGUCUGGAGAAGGUGGGGAGGGUCCCAAAAUUCAUCUCUAAAAGUGAUUUCACAAAUGCUGGAGGAUUUCAAUCAAUAUAAAUAUAUAGAGAUUAUAAUUUUUGUAUUUUUUUUAAUUUUGCAGAGUGUUCCCUGCCUGAAAUCAACUUUGAGGUUGUGAAUUAGUGUUUUGACAAGAUGAAAAAAAUGUCAUAACAUGUCCCUCAGUGUAUAAGGAAGAGGGCAAGAGAAUAUUAUUUUUUUGGAUUUAAAAAAAAAAAGCAUUUCUGUAAAAUUAGAAGUUACUUUUUUAAACCUAUUUAAUGUUUGGCUUAUAGGGUGAGAUGUAUGCCAUUAAUGGCCUUGCAUUGCAAAGCAGGUCCACAACUGAGAUGCUUGGUCGGUGUGCUUGAAUUGAGUGCGUGCAGCCAUAUACUGUUAUGUCAUGAUUUAGUCAAUGAUGGUAAAAAAACCAAAACCUGAAUGCACUACUGUAUUAGAACUUUGUAAUUCCAGAUUGAAAUGUAGUUUUUUGACAUGACUAAUAUUUCAUUCAGCAAGCUUUUUAAACUCUGAUUUUACUAGAGAUCUGUUUGCAGAUCAGACCAUGAGAACAGUAAGAAUAGUUGAUAUCCUAGAUGCAAGAAGGGGGAAGGGAGACAUGUUUGGGAUUUUUAAUUUUCCCUUUACCUAUCAAUUGAGGGCAGCAUUUUAAUUUUUUUUAUUGCUUAAAUGUUGUUUUCUCUAACUCCUUUAUUAUAGACUUGUGUGCAUUUAUCUGGUGUUUUCCUGAGGCAGGCCCAGUUAAUGGAAGACUGCACCCCGGUGGUGGUAGUGUCAUAGGUGAAGGGCCUGAGCUUUCAGUUGCACUCAAGGAAUUCUUCUUUGCAGGUGGGACUCUUGAGGGCAGGUUCAAAGCCCCAAAUGGGUCUGAAAUUGAGGCUUUUGAUUUCCUGUGAGACAUUCAGCAGUUGGGGGGGCAUGGCCAAGUUUCCAUAUAGUGACUUAGAUUGGUUCUCUGGAUUAGUGUUAAGCACUAUUAUAGUAUACGUAUUAGGGAAACUCUACAGCAGAUAGUAGCUCCUGACUUUUUAAUUGCUUGGAACUAACAGUUUAAAGUGGAACAAAGGCCAUGAGGUUUUAAUUUUAAUUUCAAAGAGAUUACUUUGACUAAAUUCACAACACUAUUGGGUAGUAGGCAGUUGAGUUUGAGCUAAUUACCAUAAAUGACUAAAGGCAACAGGAAAAAUUCAAUGCAUUAAUUUGCCAAAAUAAGCAUGCCCACAUUCAGAGUUCUGUAUAAAGUGUUAAGAAAAGUAGCUCACAGCAGUAAGAAUUGUACUUUUUUUUUCUUUUAGGGAAUAGGAAGUGUACAAAUUUAAAGCUGUAAGUUGUGAACACACUGGAAAAUUCAGUUGAUACAUUCAUUCUAAUGGCAUCACUAGCAUAUAUUACUAAGAUGUUUACGAUAUGUAAAUGACAGUUAAAAUUAUGUUAACUGUGAAAUCUUCACCUUUUGAUUUCUUAGCCAGGUGAACCCUGGUGACUUCUUACUCCCAUCAACUGCUUUGAGAACUCUUGUAUCUGUAUUUAUAAAUAUAUAUAUAUAUAUAUAUAUAAAGCCAGAGUUGUCAUUUCUCUAACUUAUUAUUCAGCUUGGCAGUUGCUUUUGAUUUGAUUCAUGAGUCCUAUAUUAAUGCAGUUAACUGUUGGUUUUGUGCAUGUUGCGUACAUUAAAACAAUCAUUACUCAGUUGUAAACUACCCGUACUAGGUUCAGGGGUUUAAUUACCAAAAUCAUGGAUCAAAUCUAUUAUUUAAGAAUGCUUACAAACCUGUCUCAGUUUACGUGGAUAAUGCUACAUUUGAUGGUAAUGAUACAAGGAAGUUUAAGUAUUUAAACAGGUUAAGAGCUCUGUGAAAUGCAUCAAAUAUCAAAGAAGCUGCUUUCUAUAAAUAAUUUUAUAAAUUUAAUUACUGCACACAGUGGAAAAAUAACAUGUAUUCUGUAUAAUAGUCACCAAUAUUAGGGUAAUGUGCACUUUGAUUGCAGAGUGAACGAUGUGUUGGAAUUCUAAUAGCAGCCAUGAGCUGGUUGCAAUUAAGAGGAAGAUCUCUUUGGUAAGAGACUUUUGCAAAUGUACAAUCUCUGGCGCCUAGCUUGGCUAAACUGGCAUGUUAAUUUUGACCUAUGUGGGCAUCUGCUUUUAAAUUGGUGCAUAGAGCUUGUUGAGCUGGAAGAUAGAAUUUGAGUAUUUCUGACAGUUGUAAAAUGUAGCUUUUUCCUUUUAUUAGAUGUAUUAAAAAAAAACCUUACAGCUCAAUCUUUUUACUUGUAAGGUGAUUGGAAAAACUUGGUGUGAAAGGAAUGUUUUAUGUCUUAAAUGUGCAUUUUCCAGUAACAGAUUAUGGUCUUGUAUAGUGUAUGCAAAUAAGUCUGUAAAUUUGUUGGCUUUUUUCCCAAGCAUAUUCUAAUUCUAUCAGAUUAGGGAGUUCACCAUAAGUAAACUAUUUGAUACUGGUGUGCAAAGACUUAACAUUAGGAUUCCCUUCCUUCUGCCACUGCCAUGCAUACUGUUGUCUUUUUUAGGGGGUGUUUGGUGUUGGUGGGGAAAUAAAGUAAAUAUAAAGGCUUUGAAAACUAGUUUUGUGUGCAAGGUCUCCUGCAGUACUCGUAU